AUGGCAAGAGGGCAGUGGGGGGGAGGGGAUCUGCAGCAGCAGUGGGGGGAGGGGAUUUGCAGCAUCAGCCCCCCUCCCCCCCCCCGCCCUUUUCUCCUCUCUCUCUCCCUGCCGCACCCUGUGUUGGGAGGGGGGGGGGGGAGCUUGGAGGUUCAGAGGGAGGCAGGAGGGGAUCUGCAGCACCAGCCCCCCCCGCCCCCCCCUUUCUCCUCCACCCCUGCUGCGGGUGCAGCAGUGGGGGGGAGGGGAUCUGCAGCAGCAGUGGGGGGAGGGGAUUUGCAGCAUCAGCCCCCCCCCCCCCGCCCUUUUCUCCUCUCUCUCUCCCUGCCGCACCCUGUGUUGGGAGGGGGGAGCUUGGAGGUUCAGAGGGAGGCAGGAGGGGAUCUGCAGCACCAGCCCCCCCCGCCCCCCCCCCUUUCUCCUCCACCCCUGCUGCGGCAGUGGGGGGGAGGGGAUCUGCAGCAGCAGUGGGGGGAGGGGAUUUGCAGCAUCAGCCCCCCCCUCGCCCCCCCCUUCUCCUCUCUCUCUCCCUGCCGCACCUUGUGUUGGGAGGGGGGGGGAGCUUGGAGCAGUGGGGGGGAGGGGAUCUGCAGCAGCAGUGGGGGGAGGGGAUUUGCAGCAUCAGCCCCCCCCUCGCCCCCCCCUUCUCCUCUCUCUCUCCCUGCCGCACCUUGUGUUGGGAGGGGGGGGAGCUUGGAGGUUCAGAGGGAGGCAGGAGGGGAUCUGCAGCACCAGCCCCCCCCUCCCCCCCCCCUUUCUCCUCCACCCCUGCUGCGGGUGCAGCAGUGGGGGGGAGGGGAUCUGCAGCAGCAGUGGGGGGAGGGGAUUUGCAGCAUCAGCCCCCCCCUCGCCCCCCCCUUCUCCUCUCUCUCUCCCUGCCGCACCUUGUGUUGGGAGGGGGGGGAGCUUGGAGGUUCAGAGGGAGGCAGGAGGGGAUCUGCAGCACCACCCCCCCCCCCGCCCCCCCCCCUUUCUCCUCCACCCCUGCUGCGGCAGUGGGGGGGAGGGGAUCUGCAGCAGCAGUGGGGGGAGGGGAUUUGCAGCAUCAGCCCCCCCCUCGCCCCCCCCUUCUCCUCUCUCUCUACCUGCCGCACCUUGUGUUGGGAGGGGGGGGAGCUUGGAGCAGUGGGGGGGAGGGGAUCUGCAGCAGCAGUGGGGGGAGGGGAUUUGCAGCAUCAGCCCCCCCCCCCCCCCCCCCCCCGCCCCCUUCUCCUCUCUCUCUCCCUGCCGCACCUUGUGUUGGGAGGGGGGGGGGAGCUUGGAGGUUCAGAGGGAGGCAGGAGGGGAUCUGCAGCACCGGCCCCCCCCUCCCCCCCCCCUUUCUCCUCCACCCCUGCUGCGGGCGCAGCAGUGGGGGGGAGGGGAUCUGCAGCAGCAGUGGGGGGAGGGGAUUUGCAGCAUCAUCCCCCCCCCCCCUCCCCCCACUUCUCCUCCAUCCCCCUGCUGCGGGUGCAGCGGUGGGGGGGAGGGGAUCUGCAGCCCUGUGCUGCCCUGCAGCCCUGCGCGCCCUGCGCGCCCUGCUGUCCUGCUGCCAUGCGUGCCCUGCGCGCACUGCAGCCCUGGGCGCCCCACGCGCCCUGCUGCCCUGCAGCCCUGUGCGCCCUGCUGCCCUGCUGCUGCCGCUACAGCCCUUGCUGUUGCCGCUACAGCCCUUGCUUCUGCCCUGCGUGCCCCGCGCGCCCUGCAGCCCUGCUGCGCCCCGCGCGCCCUGCUGCCCUUCAGCCCUGUGCGCCCCGCGCGCCCUGCAGCCCUGUCUGCGCCCCGCGCGCCCUGCUGCCCUGCUGCCCUGUGCGCCCCGCGCGCCCUGCAGCCCUGUGCGCCCUGCGCGCCCUGCUGCCCUGCGCCCCCUGCGCGCACUGCAGCCCUGCGCGCCCCGCGCGCCCUGCUGCCCUGCAGCCCUGUGCGCCCUGCUGCCCUGCAGCCCUGUGCGCCCUGCUGCCCUGUUUGCCCCGCGCGCCCUGCUGCCCUGCAGCCCUGUGCGCCCUGCUGCCCUGCUGCCCUGUGCGCCCCGCGCGCCCUGCAGCCCUGUGCGCCCCGCGCGCCCUGCAGCCCUGCGCGCCCCGUGCGCCCUGCUGCCCUGCAGCCCUGUGCGCCCUGCUGCCCUGCAGCCCUGUGCGCCCUGCUGCCCUGCAGCCCUGUGCGCCCUGCUGCCCUGCUGCUGCCGCCACAGCCCUUGCUGCUGCCCUGCGCGCCCCGCGAGCCCUGCAGCCCUGCUGCGCCCCGUGCGCCCUGCAGCCCUGCGCGCCCUGCUGUCCUGCUGCCCUGCGCGCCCUGCGCGCCCCGCGCGCCCUGCUGCCCUGCAGCCCUGUGCGCCCUGCUGCCCUGCAGCCCUGUGCGCCCUGCUGCCCUGUUUGCCCCGCGCGCCCUACUGCCCUCAGUGGGGGGGAGGGUAUGGGGGUGGCGGGUGUGGCGCGUCCUGCUGUCGCGGUGGGGGGGAGGGGAUCUGCUGCGGGUGCGGCACAGUGGGGGGGAGGGGAUCUACAACACUAG